AGUGCUCACGCUGGCGAGUUAUUAGGCCCGGCAUUGUCUGGGGAUUUUUGAGCUUGUAUUUCCCGAGCGCUUCUGCUGCCGCCCGGUGGAUUUAAAUGUGCCUUGACAGCGGUCAGUGAACGCACCAGAUAUUCUCAGCAUGUCGAAAUGCUCACACCUUAAGGCUGGCGCAUGCUUCUGCGUCUGCGUCGCGCUGAAAACGCAGAGGCAAUACUAGGCUUUAGAUAGACCUUACAAAUCUGGUAAUUUUGCGAUAGAAUUAGCUAUGGGGGACAUUGCAUGAUAUGCAUGAAAAGUUUGAAUGUUUCUUAACAUUACUGAGGAAAUAGUAUAUCAAAUUAAAAACUCUGAUAAACUGAACAUUAUUCAUCAAGGCAAUGCUUGUUUGCAAGACAACAAUUCAAAUAUUAUAUGGAUUUCAUCCUGUGUGGUAAACUUGCGUUUGUACAACGUCAUUAAAAGGAAACAGAAUUGCUGCCUUUUUUGGGGGGCCAAGUGUUGUGGGCAGCGGGCUUUGUGCUGCAGGUGUCAUUCACACGCCCUGUAAUAACACUCGCGUGAAAUCAUGCUGUGAUUAUAACACGCAGGAAUGGAUUGAAAAGACAGGUAAUAGGCUUUGCCGGGGUCUUGAUCGCAAGAAUAGGAGACAAUUUGCUAAAUGUGUGAGGCUCAUCACUUGGAGAGGUCUGUGAGGAAUUACAGGAUUAAACGGGAGCUCUGUUUUUUGCUGCAUUGUUGGCUUUAUGGCUGCUUGCCCUUCCCCUGCCAGCUGAGAAACAAACCUUCCAUGUCGCAGACACUAUUAAACCCCCUCUACUUUAGAUUCAGUAUGACAGCUUGAUGGAUACAGUUGUUAUGCAACUGUACCUUUCAAUACUGUCUGUGUUUUUUCCUCAAGCGGAUGUGCUGCAAGUGACUUUUGGUGUGAAAACAACAAAAAGCAGAACUAGCCAGUGCUGGUUGCUGAUGCCAUCUAGUGGACAUGAGCAAGCAUGACAGUGUGGCCAUGAUUUUGUUGUGAGAUAUGAGAGGCAGCCUGGCCUGUGAAUAUCAUUGGUUGUGGAUUAUACUGACAGUACAGCGCUCAAUUUUACUAAUUAUUUUAUCAGCAUAGUUGUUGCAAGCAGUGUUUAUGUCAUAUCUCGUUUUCUUGUGGAUAAUUUAUGUGCAACGUUUCAGAAUGUGUGUGGGUUUUUUUUAUCGCACGCACAUGUAUCACAUGUGUUUUUGUGAAUCCCUCUGUGUAGUCUGUGUGCAUGAAAAGAUCUGUUAGCAAUGGGUGUAAUAACAAAGGAUACCAUUCAGAAUAGAUUGACAAUGACACCAAUGAAAACUAUAUACUUCCACUAGAUUUAGCUUGAUGCAUUUUGAUCAUUGAUCUGUGUUUUGGGUUUGUGAGAAAAAUUCAACAGAUCAAUGCGAUGCUGCUAAUUUUGUGGAGCAUGGACUUACCCAUCACUUAUUUUAUAAAGGAAUUCAAAUGAUGUUGCAACAUUUUCUCUACAUGAUUAUUUGGGCUACAUUGCCCAGAAUUCCUGAGUCAAACAGCGUGAACAUCACUGCGGUUCUGUUGUUGCUGUUACCAUACUCGUUGUUACUGUUUGUGUAGGUGUUGCUGUGUUUGUUAUUUGCUCUGCCAUACAGGCCCGCUCUACAGUUCUUCCAUUUUCUGUAUUUCACACUAACCGAACAAGCAGCACUUCAUUGCAGACAGUAAAUAUUUGAAGCAUUGAAGCACAUAGUUCACCGAAAAGGGAUUUGAAUGCUUUUGCAUUGUAUUUCAAUUUUAAUCUGCCUCCAAAUAUGAAAAAAAAGAAUUAUUAUUCAAGUUUAAAAAAAAAUAUGCUGGCAAUUCUUGUUGUUUUUAACAUGAGCUCCAGUGGAAGUACUUUUGUCAGACAUAAUCUGAGUCAAUAUGGGCAGUGAGCAGUUGGUCGUGGAGGAUUAGUGACUGAUUCACUGUUCGGUUUAACUGAGUUCAAACUGGUGAAGAGGUCAUAACCAGCUCAGCCGCAUCUGUUCGCAGCUGUCCACCUCCCUCCUUUGAUCAAAACUAAAUCCCUCCGUCUGAACAUGUUGACAAAAAUGAGAAGCGUUGACUUGUAUUCAUCAUUGUCAUGGAUAAUAUAUUUGGUCUCGCUAACAUUGAUGCAUGAAAGGCUUGCAAAUGGAAAAAUGAUCAAAAAUAGUUUCAUAUAAAAACACAUUCUUGCAGCUAAUAGGUACAAUGAUGCUGUCUGGAUUUAGGAGCUGAUUUUCUGACCUGUUGCAGCCGCUAAAUGAUGGAGAGUUAAGAGCACAGCAAAGUGCACUGGGACCGCAGGAAGUUGGCUAGUUCAACAUGUUCCACCUCCAACAUGAUUACGUGUGUGUAGUUCCUUGUUUAAAAUAACAUUAACAACUAAACACCAGUGACUCAUUACUUGUACAAUUUAGUUUCUAGAAGAAAAAAAACUUUAAUUGCAAUUGAUGAAUAAAAAUGUGCGAUUAAUUAGUACAAAAUCCAUUGUAACCUUAAAUAUUUAUUAGAGACAUUUAUAUAUUCAUAUUGUUGCAUUUCUUUAGUUUGAAUGCUCGUUGGGAAGGAAUGUCUGAAAAGAGCAGCAUAACUUUGUAGCAGAUCUGAUGUUGUAAAUGUCAUAUUAUUUGUACUGAAAUGAUUUGGAGUAGAUUUGGUAUUUUGCUGAAAUGCCAUGUAUUUUACAUUUUUUUAGAUUAAGUGGACUUUGCAGACAUUUCUGUCAGCUGUUGUAUUUCCUGUCUUUGCAAGAGUGUUUUUCAUGCUGCACAUUUAGAUUUAACGUCAACUACAAUAGCGGUUAUUACAUCAGCUAGGGAUUAUUUCAGAAUCACUAAAUCCAUAGAAAAACACGAUGAUUGCCAAAGCCUGUCAUUUUUUCCCCCCACACACACAGCUUUGCUGAUAGUUCACAUGACAUGCUUCCUGCUACAAAGGCGAGGCAUGCUGUUCUUGUCCCAAGAUUAAAUUGUGAAAUUUGCUUUGUCCAGAGCGGUUGUGGGGUUAUCGAGAUGAGCUGUAGGUUACCUUGUGAAGCCAGCUGACGGCCAGACUCGCUUCCUUUCCCUGGACGAAUCCUAAAGGAGCUUACACUCUAAUAUCCUGAUGGGGGGAAAAAGGGUUUGCUUUAAGCUCGAUGAACGCUUCCGAUCACAGCAAAGGAUGCUGUGAAGGUUUGAGGCGAAAUCCAAACGGCUUCUUCAAAAAAGGGACCUUUUUUGACGCCAACCUGUUUUGAAAACGUAUAUUUUUGUAUGUUUUUCCUCUUUUUGGAGGGGGGUCAUAUUUUCUAAACACGAUAGCUGGCAAGCUGGAUGCAGGAUGAUGAAGAUGUCGAUGUGAAGAAAGUUUCGGACUUAACGUUUGCCGACCAAAAGUAACUUCCAGACAUGAUUCCCGCCAAGAUGUUAGUGUACAGGCUGCCCGAUGGAGAAACACAAACUCAGAUGAUUUCAAACCCAAGAAGGCGCAAGAAAUCAACCGGGGAGCUCUUUCAGAAUGGCUACAGGGUCAGGGUGGGACACGUCACCGAGAAAGAGGACCAGGACAGCCUCUGCUACCGCCUGGGUUCAUGCUUCCAUGUAAUCUCCUAUUGGGGCUUGAGGUUUUUAAGGGCCUUAAGGUUGAUACAGUUCUCAGAAAUUUUACAGUUUUUGAAUAUACUGAAGACAAGUAACUCGAUAAAGCUGGUGAACCUGUGUUCAAUCUUCAUAAGCACAUGGCUAACAGCAGCAGGAUUCAUCCAUUUGGUGGAAAAUUCUGGGGAUCCUUGGGAAAACUUCCAAAAUUCCCAGACACUUUCCUACUGGGAAUGUGUCUACUUACUCAUGGUUACGAUGUCCACUGUUGGCUAUGGAGACGUUUAUGCAAAAACCACCCUGGGCCGUCUGUUCAUGGUCUUCUUCAUCCUUGGUGGUUUGGCCAUGUUUGCGAGCUACGUCCCUGAAAUCAUAGAGUUAAUAGGAAACCGCAAGAAAUAUGGUGGUUCCUAUAGUGCGGUUAAUGGGAGAAAGCACAUCGUGGUCUGUGGUCAUAUUACUCUUGAGAGUGUGUCCAACUUUCUAAAAGACUUCCUACACAAGGACAGGGAUGAUGUCAAUGUAGAAAUUGUUUUUCUUCAUAAUAUUUCCCCUAAUCUUGAGCUGGAAGCCUUGUUCAAGCGCCACUUCACUCAGGUGGAGUUUUAUCAAGGAUCCGUCCUGAACCCACACGACCUGGCCAGAGUUAAGAUUGAAUCAGCUGAUGCUUGUUUGAUCUUGGCCAACAAAUACUGUGCCGACCCCGAUGCUGAGGACGCAUCCAACAUUAUGAGAGUAAUAUCGAUCAAGAACUACCAUCCCAAGAUCAGAAUCAUCACUCAAAUGUUGCAGUACCACAAUAAGGCCCACCUUCUGAACAUCCCGAGCUGGAACUGGAAGGAGGGCGAUGACGCCAUUUGCCUCGCGGAGCUAAAGCUGGGCUUCAUUGCUCAGAGCUGCCUGGCCCAGGGCCUCUCCACCAUGCUGGCCAACCUUUUCUCCAUGAGGUCCUUCAUCAAGAUUGAGGAGGACACGUGGCAGAAGUAUUACCUAGAAGGAGUAGCCAAUGAGAUGUACACAGAGUACCUAUCGAGUGCCUUUGUGGGCAUGUCCUUCCCUGUGAUUUGCGAACUCUGCUACGUGAAGCUAAAGCUGCUACUGAUAGCUAUAGAGUAUAAGUCUGAUCAAAGGGAAUGCAGCACCCUGAUAAACCCCGGAAACCACGUGAAAAUGCAGGAGGGGACGUUGGGCUUCUUCAUUGCAAGUGAUGCCAAAGAAGUGAAGAGGGCGUUGUUUUACUGUAAAGCCUGCCACGAUGAUAUUAGUGAUCCCAAAAGGAUUAAGAAAUGUGGGUGCAAGAAAUUGAUAUAUUCCAGGAAGCUCGCCUACAAGAAAAUAAGACUGGCAUGUUGUUUUGAUUGCGGCCGCUCAGAGCGGGACUGCUCUUGCAUGCCAGUUAAUGUGCGUUGUAACAUGGACUCCCCUCAACGCGACAUCCCACUCUCUGCUGUCUCUGUUAAUGAUUGCUCAGCCACUUUACGUGCCUCUAAAAAUAGCUAUAAUGGAUAUAUCAAAUCAAUUGAAGAGGACCAACAGUCUGCGUUGUCGCCCAAAAAAAAGCAACGCAACGGAGGCAUGAAAAAUUCUCCCAACUCCUCACCCAAGAUCAUGAGACAUGACCCGCUCCUCAUCCCGGGCAACGAGCAGAUUGAGAACAUGGACGAGAACAUAAAGAAGUACGACUCCACGGGGAUGUUUCACUGGUGCCCGUCCAAAGACAUCGAGAAGGUCAUCUUGACUCGCAGCGAGGCAGCCAUGACGGUUCUGAGCGGUCACGUGGUCGUGUGCAUAUUUGGAGAUGUCAAAUCUGCGUUGAUCGGUCUCCGGAACUUUGUCAUGCCUCUGAGAGCGAGCAACUUUCACUACCAUGAGCUCAAGCACAUCGUGUUUGUCGGCUCACUGGAGUAUCUGAAACGGGAGUGGGAGACGCUGCACAAUUUUCCAAAGGUCUCCAUUUUACCCGGCACGCCGCUGAGUCGGGCGGACCUGAGGGCCGUCAACAUCAACCUCUGCGACAUGUGUGUCAUCCUGUCAGCCAAUCAGAACAAUAUUGACGACGCGUCACUGCAAGACAAGGAAUGCAUCUUGGCGUCACUCAACAUCAAGUCCAUGCUGUUUGACGACAGCAUCGGGGUCUUGCAGGCUAAUUCCCAAGGCUUCACACCACCAGGAAUGGAUAGAUCGUCUCCUGAAAACAGCCCAGUCCAUGGAUUAGUGAGGCAGACUUCCGUCACUACUGGAGCCAAUAUUCCCAUCAUAACCGAACUAGCACCAUUAGCAAAGCCAGGCCAAAAACUGCCUGUGAUUUCAUUCAGUCAGGAUAAAAGCAGUGGGACCAGCAUACAAAUAAUAACUGAGCUGGUAAAUGACUCCAACGUUCAGUUCCUGGAUCAAGAUGAUGACGACGACCCCGACACGGAGUUGUACCUCACUCAGCCGUUUGCCUGUGGAACAGCCUUCGCAGUCAGCGUGCUGGAUUCCUUAAUGAGUGCUACAUACUUCAAUGAUAAUAUCCUCACCUUGAUCCGGACGUUGGUAACUGGCGGGGCGACGCCGGAGCUGGAGGGGCUGCUGGCAGAGGAGAACGCGCUUCGGGGCGGCUACAGCACGCCACAGACGCUGGCGAACAGGGACAGGUGUCGUGUGGCACAGCUGGCUUUGUACGACGGGCCCUUCGCCGACCUCGGGGAUGGCGGUUGCUACGGUGACCUGUUUUGUAAAGCCCUGAAAACAUACAACAUGUUGUGCUUUGGUAUCUAUCGGUUAAGAGACGCACAUCUAAACAGCCAAAGCCAAUGUACCAAACGGUACGUCAUAACCAAUCCACCAUAUGCGUUUGAGCUGGUGCCCUCAGACCUCAUAUUCUGCCUGAUGCAGUUUGACCACAACGCAGGCCAGUCUCGGACCAGCCUCUCCCACUCUUCCCAUUCGUCCCAUUCCUCCAGCAAAAAGAGCUCCUCUGUCCACUCCAUCCCGACCACCAACCGCACCAACCGCGCCCGAAGCAGGGACUCACGGGACAAACAAAAUGCAACAAGGAUGAAUAGAGUGGGCCAAGAAAAGAGGUUUACAGAUGAGUCGGAGAAUCCGCAGCAGAGGACCAUACAGAUGAAGCCUGUGAAUACGCUCUCCACCAACCAAGUCAGUCAGCAUAAAUCCACAUGCAGCUUGAUUGCACCCAUCAGAGAAGUAGAAGACGAGUGCUAAGCGGACGCUUGGACCCCCAGAAGAGACUUGAGUCGUACUCUCAUCUGCAAACAAACACAUGCUGCUUUCCUCAUUCACCUCCGCGGCAAGCGGAAUCACACACAAGAUACAGAUUAAAUAUAGAUGUAGACAAUCCUAGUCAAAUGUUGCAACCACUCAACUUUUAGUCUGCACAGCUAAUAUUGUGGCAUCCGGACUCCAUGACUUGUCUGUUGCAUUUCGGGGAAUGAGGGCCGGUUGAAGGAGAACAGCAAUGACUACUGCUACAAAAAGCGCAGAUUAGAAAAACUGGAUCAAGUUUUGCAGUUGCCUUUUAAGCUGUUGGUUAACAACUACUUCUGCAUUGACUAUACCCAGUGUUAGUUAUUCUGUACAGUGUGUUAAAAUGUGUAUUUCCAGCUGCAAUCCCACCACAAUGGCAUUGUUAGUGACUGAGGCCCGAUCCCAAUGUUCUGACUCAAGAUCUCGUAAAGUCUGCAGGCCUGCGGCGGUCCCGCUGUUAAAUCCUCAAGCCCUUUAUGCACACUUUGCCUGAGGGAAUUACCCAGAAACCGGGUAAUAGCGUUUUCCCUUUAAACACUGGGUAGCCUGGAGGCUUUCAAAAAAUAAGAUAAACAAAGAAUGGCACACGACUGUUCUGCCUGUAAAACAUUCUACACACCUGGUGUGUUUAUCAAACAUUUUAUUUACUUUGACCGAUGCGUAAACACUUCAUCUACCGAGUCAAGACCCUAGAAGGCGUUCAAAUCAGGCAACGUAACAAAAGGCCUCAGUCGCACAUCACAGUGCCGUGCUCUUCGUAUUCACACAUGGGGAUUGGGCCUGACUCAGUGAUUCCUUUGCCAUUUAGAGCUAAUUCACAACAUUUGUGACAGUUAUGACGGCCAGCGUCUGUGUGUAAAUGGCAUUUGGCUCCAGCCUUAUCAUUUACAUUAGUCUUAUUUUGCCUUUUCGAGUUGUUUGUUAUAACUGUUUUGAUUUUUCUGUUUGGUUGCAAUGUCCAAAACCCCAUAAAUGAUUUUAAGCAAAGCCUUCAAGUAUCUACACAAUUUCUCCAGGUUUAUUCUUUCAAAUGAUGAUAGAGCUGUUUUGUCAACAAAGUAACAGUGACAUAUUCUUUACUUAACGCACCAUAGAGAGCAAAUCUAUACUAUGGUUUAGCAUCAUAAAGUCUGAAGAUGUGAAAGCCUCAUGUCGCAUGAAGUGGGCAUCUUCAAGUCCUCCUUUGGCUGUAAGCACUGCCUGACACAGGAUUGUCAUGGAGGCCAUUAGGCGUUUGUUUUCACUCCAUGACCAAUCCCAUUUCCACAUGUUGAUGCUUUUAGUAGAUACAGGACAAACAGCUCUAUUAUAAUACAUCAUUUGGGCUUUUUAUGUGUUCUAAAAGAUUCUGCUGGUAAACCGUCUUGGCAAUCUAUUACAUAUCUGAUGUAUUUAUGAUACUCUUAUUUUGUACAAUGCAAACUGAGGAUUUUAGUGGCACGGAGCGUCCGACUCCGUGCCAUGAAUGUGCUGGGCAGUGCUUACGUCAACGGAGGACUCAAGAAGACCCACCGCUGCGAAAAGAGGCUUUAACCGAAUUUAAGCAAAAUGUAAUUUUGCAGAGAAACACACAUUUACCGCAGAGAUCUUGUUUUUAUUGUUUUGUUUUUUAAGCUGUAAUUUCCUGGAGAUGAUUAGAAUCUUUAGUAAAUUUAAAGUCUUAAAACUUAAAUGAUGCAUUGUCAAAGGCAGAACCUGAUAGCUAUUCAUUUUAUGUACUCGUCAAAUCAAUCAAUCCAAAUGUAAAGCUUUAUGUAAAAUAUUAUUUUCUAGUCUUGACAAUAACUGGGGUUGAGAGGCAUUCAGCAUUGCGGUUUAUUUUGUGAAUUUCUUUUUAGCACUGACUUGUAGAAACAAUGACAGUGCUAAGCUGAUAUUUCUGACUAUGUCAUAUUAAUCAAUAUAGUUUAUUGUCUUGUACAAAUAGGCUUGUACAUAAAAUUGUACAUGAUUUCAUUUUGUAUUUUCACAAAUUAAAAGCUGAUGUAUUGUGUUCUA